ACCUUUAUAGUGCAGGGAGAGAGAGAGAUCGGACCGGAGACGAGGGACGAGGAACAGAGGGCAAAGGCUAAUGGUCGGAGCAGCAAUUACGAGAGUAGGAGCGAUCGUGCGACUGGGGCAGGAGCAGUGGCAGAGAGAGCAGCAGCAGCCUUUACUCAAGUCAUUUGGAGUUCACAUUUGGAGAAGCUCCAGAACUCUCCACAAGUUUGGCCUUAGCUCGAGAAGUAUGGCUAAAUCCGCGAUAGCCGAGGUCGAAAAUGGGGAAUUCAAGCGAUCCCCGUCGUCCUACCGCAGUUUCAUUUCCCGAAGCGCGGAUGCAGAGUUUCCUCCAGAAGCGGGAAGAUAUCAUCUCUAUAUCUCUUACGCUUGCCCGUGGGCUUCACGAUGCUACAUGUUCUUGAAGCUCAAGGGUUUAGAUCACGCAAUUGGCCUCACGGCUACAAAAUCCAUGUGGGUGAAAACCAAGGAGGACCCAACGGACGAACACUAUGGAUGGGGGUUUCCUGCAGACGAUGAGGAGGAGCCUGGUGCUAAACCCGACCCCUUGAAUGGGGCUAAGUUCGUUCGCGAUUUGUAUGAUAUAGCAGACCCUACCUUCUCCGGCAAGUAUACUGUGCCUAUAUUGUGGGAUAAGAAGAAGAAAACUAUCGUUAAUAACGAGAGCUCAGAGAUUACAAAAAUGCUCAACGAUGAAUUCAAUGAUAUUGCGAAGCAUCCAGAAGUUACCCUCUUUCCUGAACAUUUGAAGAGCAAGAUUGACGAGGUCAACAGCUGGACUUACAACUCCAUCAACAAUGGCGUGUACCGGUGUGGCUUUGCCACCCAACAAGGACCGUACGAUAAGGCUGCGAAUGAACUUUUUGAGGCGUUGGACAAGUGCGAAGAUAUAUUGUCCAAACAACGUUAUAUAGCAGGGAACGAGUUCACAGAGGCUGAUGUUAGACUAUUCGUCACCUUGAUCCGUUUCGAUGAGGUGUAUGUUGUUCAUUUCAAAACCAACAGGAAGUGCAUCAGAGAAUAUCCCAACUUAUUCAACUACACCAAAGAUGUUUAUCAAAUUCCAGGUGUUGCUGAAACCGUAGUUAUGCCUCACAUCAAAGGACAUUACUACAGAAGCCAUCCUACCAUCAACAAGUAUAAGAUCAUAUCUGUGGGACCAAAUAUAGACUAUUCAGCUCCUCAUGAUAGAGACCGUUUCCACAUUUCCAGUCUGUAAUUUAUAGGUUCUUGUACUUAUAUGUCCAAUUUUGUUUGUAAAUGUCUCGAUUACACAGCUUUCUGUAUAUUAGGCAGAUAGAGUGGACCCUUACGAGGGAAGUGUACUAGGAAGAUUGGAUUAAUAUAUGAAGAAGAUUAGAUUUGGAUUAUUGGAGUAUGAAUUUUAGAAUAUGACGUGUGACCUAUUUUGUUGUCGAUUUUGAAUCAAUAUACACUCAAAACUUUUUCGU